AUGAGGAAUAACGAAAGGUCAGCGGGUGAGAUCUCUGCAGCGAAGCAAAAGAACGUCGACGAUUGGUUACCGAUCACUUCCUCACGAAACGCCAAGUGGUGGUACUCUGCGUUUCACAAUGUUACCGCCAUGGUUGGUGCUGGUGUUCUCAGCUUGCCCUACGCCAUGUCCAAUCUCGGAUGGGGACCUGGCGUGACAUUGAUGAUAAUGUCAUGGAUAAUAACUUUGUACACACUGUGGCAAAUGGUGGAGAUGCACGAGAUCAUACCCGGGAAGAGGCUUGAUAGGUAUCACGAGCUAGGUCAAGCAGCUUUUGGAGAAAAGCUUGGCCUUUGGAUCAUCGUGCCUCAACAACUCAUCGUGGAGGUCGGUGUAGACAUUGUUUAUAUGGUCACCGGAGGACAAUCUCUCCAGAAAGUACAUGAACUCCUCUGCUCCGACUGCAAAGACAUCAAAACUACAUAUUGGAUCAUGAUCUUUGCUUCUGUCCACUUCGUUAUCUCUCACCUACCUAAUUUCAACUCUAUGUCCGUUAUCUCAGUCGCCGCUGCCGUUAUGUCCCUAUCUUACUCAACUAUUGCAUGGGGUGCAACAGUGCACAAAGGGGUACGUCCAGAUGUAGACUACUCGUCAAGAGCCUCGACAACUCCUGGAAAUGUAUUCAACUUCUUGAACGCUUUGGGAGAUGUGGCUUUUGCCUACGCAGGUCACAACGUCGUAUUGGAGAUUCAAGCCACGAUCCCUUCGACUCCUGAAGUGCCAUCCAAGGUUCCAAUGUGGAGAGGAGUCGUUGUAGCCUACAUUAUAGUCGCUAUUUGCUACUUCCCUGUAGCGUUCCUAGGAUAUUGGAUGUUUGGAAACAGCGUUGACGACAACAUUCUCAUGACUUUGGAGAAACCUGUAUGGCUUAUCGCAAUUGCUAACUUAUUUGUGGUGGUCCAUGUCAUUGGAAGCUAUCAGAUCUUUGCAAUGCCGGUGUUUGACAUGCUUGAAACCGUUUUGGUCAAGAAGAUGAACUUCGAUCCUUCCUUCAAACUCCGUUUCAUCACUCGCAGUCUCUAUGUUGGUAAGUCACAUGCACUCCUCACUCGUUAUAGCUACUCUAUCCAUUUAUCUGAUCUUUUCCUCGCGUUGGACUGUGCAGCUGUCACUAUGUUCAUUGCGAUAUGCAUUCCAUUUUUUGGUGGACUACUUGGCUUCUUUGGAGGAUUUGCCUUUGCCCCAACAACCUACUUCCUUCCAUGCAUUAUUUGGCUCACUCUCAAGAAACCAAAGAAGUUUAGUCUAUCCUGGAUAAUUAAUUGGUUCUGCAUUAUCGUAGGAGUUAUGUUGACGGUCCUAGCUCCCAUUGGUGGCCUCAGAACUAUCAUUGUCAGCGCCAAGACCUACAAGUUCUUCUCUUAG